GCCCUCAGCUGGUGACUUCUUGAAAGUGACACGAAGCAAAAUGAUGGCGUUCGAGCAAUUACAGCGGAAGCAGUGCAGGAUUUAACGAGCUGUGUUUUUUCCCCUGGCGUUUGCUUGCUAGCAAUUAUCUGGCUGUUGGUCUUUAUUGUGCUGAAGGAGCACUGCACAAUAAUCUACAGUUCUCUCAGGGAACAGGGAAGUCCUCAGUUGCCGUGCAACUUCAGGCGUGUCACUAUUUUUCAGGAAGUGAGGUGCUGUCAUAAAGUGAUCCAGGUGAGAAGCAGGUGUAAGAGUCAGAGCAAGAAAGAACGAAAGAGAAAAAUUAACUAUUAGAAGGGGAUACUAAAGGAACAAGUGGUACAAUGGGCCCUCCAUUAAAGCUGCAUGAGCUGAUCCGAGCGAUCCGCAGUGUGAAAACACAGAGUGAAGAGCGAGAGGUGAUCCAGCGAGAGUGUGCCGAUAUACGUUCUUCUUUUCGGGAUGAGGACUCAUUGUACCGGGGCCGGAGCCUGGCCAAAUUACUUUAUGUUCAUAUGCUGGGGUAUCCUGCACAUUUUGGACAGAUGGAGUGUUUGAAGCUGAUUGCAUCUUCGAAGUUCACUGACAAACGUAUUGGAUACCUUGGUGCAAUGAUGUUAUUGGAUGAGAGGCAGGAUGCUCACUUAUUGAUAACCAAUAGUAUGAAAAGGGAUCUGGAACAUAGCUCCCCAGUGGUUCAGGGGCUGGCUCUUUGCACUCUGGCCUGCCUGGGAUCAACAGAGAUGUGUCGAGAUCUGGCUGGGGAGGUAGAACACUUACUGCAAAACUCCACUGGUCAUGUUAAAAAAAAGGCAGUAUUAUGUGCUGUGCAUAUCAUCAGGAAGGUUCCAGAAUUGGUGGAAAUGUUUGUCCCAGUCAGUGAGGAGUUGCUCGGAGAGAAGAGGCAUGGUGUGCUUUAUGGAGCCGUUCUGCUGGUCACAGAGAUCUGUCAAAGACAACCAGAGGCCUGUAAACGUUUCCGCAAGCUCCUCCCGCUACUCCUGCAGAAGCUCAGACAAAUUAUGUCUGGUUAUUCUCCGGAUCAUGUAGUAUCUGGUGUUACUGACCCUUUCUUACAGGUUCGCCUACUGCGUCUUUUGAAGAUUUUGGGACAAAAGGAUGAAAGUGUAUGUGAUGCAAUGAGUGAUCUGCUAGCUCAGGUAUCUACUUGUACAGAUACACAGUCUAAUGCUGGAAAUUCUGUCUUAUAUGAAACCGUGCUCACAAUAGUGGAUACUAAAUCUGCAAGUGGUUUGCGGGUUCUCGCUGUUAACAUCCUGGGGCGUUUUUUGCUCAGUAAUGAUAAAAACAUCAGGUAUGUUGCGCUCACAUCUCUUAAUCGGUUGGUACAGUCAGACUAUGCAGCUGUUCAGAGACAUCGAGGCACUAUUGUAGAAUGUCUCAGACAAACAGACAGCUCCUUAAACAAGAAAGCUUUGGAGUUGUGUUUUGCCCUAGUAAAUGAGACAAAUAUUCUACCAAUGAUGAAGGAGCUUCAGCGAUUCCUGCAGACUUGCCCUCUGGAGCUGAAACAGCAAUGCACAUCAGGAAUAUUCCUGUGUGCAGAGAGGUUUUCUCCAUCCACACGGUGGCAUAUUGAUACUAUAAUGGGGACACUGGUUACAGCUGGCGAAAGUGUCCGUGAUGACACAGUCUCACACCUUAUUCACUUAAUCAGUGGAGCCUCAGAGCUGCAUGCUUACAUUGUACACCGACUUUACUUAGCAGUAAGCGAAGACAUUGGGCAGCAACCACUGGUGCAGGUCGCUGCUUGGUGCAUUGGGGAAUAUGGAGAACUUUUGAUAUCUGGAUCAAGUGAAGAGCCAGUAAAGGUAACUGAAGAUGAUGUUCUGGAUGUCCUGGAGGGUAUUUUGCAAUCCCACAUCUCUUUGCCUAGCACACGGUCUUACACUUUGACUGCCAUAAUGAAACUAAGCACACGGUUUACUCACUGUGUGGACCGUAUACGACGCGUGGUUUCUAUCUACAGCAGCUGUCAUGAUGUGGAGUUGCAACAGAGAGCAGUGGAAUACAAUGCCCUGUUUAAGAAAUAUGACCACAUGAGGUCUGCCAUCUUGGAAAAAAUGCCCCUGCCAGAGAAAUCUGCUACAGAGGAUAAUGAGUGUGCUAUGACUGAACUUAGUGAAUCUACCGGGAGCUUACCCUUAGAUAAUUCCCAAAUUAAUUCUAUACAGCCAGCAAGCCAGAUGACAGACCUCUUGGGCCUUUUGGAAGUGAGCACCGACACAACAAUGAAUCCAUCAUCAGUUGCAGUUCCACCUCUACCUCAGAAUGUCACAAGUGGAAGUAGUUUGCUGGACCUUUUAGACGAGCCCAUAAAUGAUGCAAUGCCACCAUUAGUUGUGUACAGUAAGGAUGGAUUACAAGUGGAAUUUUCAUUUAUGCGCCCACCCUCAAAUCCUGCACUUCUUGUAAUUACUUCAUCUGCCACCAGCUCCUCAUCCAGCACCGUUGCUGAUUUUCAGCUGCAGGCAGCUGUGCCAAAGAACAUCCAAAUACAACUGCAAGCUCCAAGCGGCUCUUUAGUCCCUGCUUCUGAUGGAGGAUCCGUUACGCAAUGUAUCAGAGUCCUGAAUCCACAAAAGGUGCCCCUCAAGAUGAGGCUUCGCUUUUCAUUCCUGCACAAUGGAAAUAGCGUACAAGAAAUGUGUGAAGUCAGCAACUUCCCUCCUGCGACAUGGCAGUGACCCUGCUCUCUUUAGGCUGUUCAACAUCUAUAAGCUGCCAGAAUUUUCAAGACAGUGACCUGUUUGACUAAUAACCGAUGGAGAAUUUAGUACUGUUAAUGAGAAAUUAGGAUGACUAAAAUAAUUUAGAUGUUGCAUCUGCAUUAGCCCCAUUGCAGUACUGCAAACAUAGUAUUUCAUUAGUAAGUGAUAGCUUUAUUUAGGCUAACUAACAAUCCCUGUUUAAAGUUGAACAUUUAAGAGAUUUCAUUUGCUUUGCUUAAAAAAGAUUAUAUCUCACACAAUCUUGGCAUAGCAUCUUAAACUUCUAAAUAAGUAUGACCUACUACCAUGAUCCAUUUUUGCAAUACAUUGAAUAGUAAACCAAAGGGAGGAAGGGAUCUGGGAAGAUAUAGUCUGGCCUGAAGGGCAACAUGAACAACAUGAGACGGGAUCUUGCCACAGAGUAGGGCUGGUGCAAAAAUAAGGACUUUGUGCUUAAAUAGGAAUAAUGAACAGUGUGACGCAGCAACUCAGUAACAAAAACAAAUAUUAAAAUAUGCAAAACAUUGCUAGGCCAUCACUUGUGAUUCCAGUAUUACACUACCGAGCAUGUUACAUUUGCUAUAGACGUUACACAUACUGUUUUCGACAAUACCAUUGUAUAUAAAACGUUUACAGUUGGGUUGAACUUUCUAUACACCAGGGGGCAAGCUAGUGUAAAAGUUAAUUUGUCUGGAAGUUAAAAGAUCUCUUAAUAAAGAUCUCUUUUUUUAUACAAUCAUACAUGUUGCUCCACUUUCCCAUAAGUACAUGCAGGUUGAAAUACUGAUACAGAAAUUCGCAAUUUUAAUUAGCAGCAUUCGAUUUUUAAAAAUAAAAUAUAUUUUCUGGACAGUGCCAACCUAAUCACACCAUCUUUAUUUUAGAUUUAUUAAAUGUUUUUUUAUUACAAUGUAAUGGUUUAACUAUAUGUUUUAUACUUUUUCUAUAGCAACUACAGUACCUCUUUAUCACCUGCUGGUGGUGCUCUCUUACUAACUCCCUUUUCCUUGCUUGCAAUUUUGGCAUGCCUUCUGCACUAAGGCACUCAAAAUAGAGGCACCAGGAGUCUAAUGAACAGUAUGAGCAACUAACAGAGAUCUGCCCAGCCACUGUUAACCCGUUUGGCUUCCAUAUAAAUAAAGCUGGCAAUUCCCUUA